AUGCUCACCUCCAAUCUCCUCCUCUUCCUCCUCACCUCCCUCUCCUCCGCCGCCGUCAUCCCAAGAGAUUACGACGUCCCCCCUGGCUACUGCUGCUUCACCCUCUCCGACCCAUCCACAAGCAAGACCAUUCAGCAGAACAAAGAAUAUGGCUUCCUCUACUUUGACGCCAACCAGCCAAAGGGAUGGUACUGCUUCAACUCCGCUGACUCACGGCCUAUCCUGUGGGACGACUUCAACAACGCCUGCAUCAUUUCCUGGGAUGGGCAUUUCCAGUGCCUUGACCCUACGCCUGGUAAUGAUAAGUGGACGCUAGGUGGUAGCAGCAGCAGCAGCAGUCCUUUGUUGCUGCAUGAUAGCUCUCCGACUUAUCAGGCAUGUCCUAACAAGGACGGGGGCGAAAUCAUUUCGUCCGGAGCUCCAACAGCGGCCGGAUGUAGGAAUGUCCAGUUGGUGGCUACUGGUCUGGAGGGGACAUGCUCGAGCUUGACUCGCUGA